AUGAACGCCAGCGUCAACGUUGAGAGGAAUUCCUGGCGGUUACCUCCUGAUGAGACCGUCCAGGUGGCUGAUCCUCGAACCAAAGAUGAAGUUAAGGACGAUCUCUAUGGUGACGGCGGUCACAACUGGAGAAGCAUUAUAUUUUCACUUCUCGUAAUUGGAUUUGUCAUUGCUGGCAUUGUUACCGCAAUUUACCUUCUCGGGUAUGUCGACGAGCUUUUGUAUUGGAGCGGUAGACGUCUGACACUUGAAGAGUGCCUUCGAGAUGACCUUUCACCACAGCGGUUGCCACCCGCCUGGGUAUCUCAUGACAAAUUCGUUUAUCAAGCGGAUGAUGGCUCAUUAGCCCUCCUUGAUACACUUAACAACUCUGUGGCACUAUUAGUAUCAAAUCACACCCUUAGACAGUUGAACGUUCAAGGGUAUGAGUGUAGCACUAAUCUUCGUUACGUACUAUUCAAACACGAUGUCAAGCCCGUAUUUCGAAACACAUUCACCGCUCUUUAUACAGUCUACGACGUUACCAAUGAUCAUCAUACACCCCUUCGUCUACAUGCAUCUCCACGAGUACAACAGACACGACUGCAGUAUGUCGCCUGGUUGGGCAAUACCACAGCAUUACUGAUGAUAUCUGAUAACAAUAUAUUCUUAAGAAUGUCGCCAACGGCUCCCGUUGACAAGAGACUGACUGACACUGGAGUGCCUGGAAUUAUUUACAAUGGUGUACCGGACUGGUUAUAUCAGGAGGAAGUACUACCCAAAGCUGAAGCAUUGUGGCCAAGUGCCGAUGGACAGCGUCUUUUAUAUGCCACAUUUAAUGAUACUCAAGUAACGACUCUACAAUUUCCCUGGUUUGGUAAUCCAACGGGAUCGGACGCCGGCAGUUCCAAUCCAUCUGGCAUACCGCACAGAAUCACCUUUCCACCCUCCAAGUCAGUGCGUUAUCCCACUCCAGGCUCAUCAAAUCCUGAGGUCACUCUGUGGCUAGUGGAUCUCAAUAAUUCCACCGACAACUCUAAUGAAUCAUUAAUAUCGGAAUUUUCACGCGCCGCUGUUAAACCACCGAUGGUAUUCGAUGGCCAGGAUUUUUAUUUAAUUUCCGCUGGAUGGAUGGACGAGGAGGGGACGCAAAUUGGCGUUGUGUGGAUGACAAGGUGGCAGAAUCUGACGGUGGUAUCAGCCUGUCGUAUGCCAAAAUGGGAGUGUGAGGAGAUUCACACGGAGCGUGCACCUGAGGGCCAAUGGCUCGAUGCUCAGCCCCAUCCCCUCUUCUCACCUGAUGGUGACAGUUUUCUCCUUCUUGCUGGUGUCCAGGAGGGGGGCCAGGAGCACUUUACCCAUAUCAAACACGUUACACUCACUCAGCAACGAAUAGCUGUACUAUCACACGGUCGAUACGAGGUCAGUGAAAUACUAGCAUGGGAUACGAGAGCGCAUUUGGUUUAUUACCUCGGUACGAGGGAACGUAAUCCCGGCCAGAAGCAUUUGUAUGUCGUACGGGAUCCAACGACUGACGAUCCACGUCGAUUGGAACCGCUGUGUAUCACUUGUGAUUUGGGAGAUGUUCUUUGGAGCAGUAGAUUCUACUACACAAAUUGCACCCGUUUCGGGGCUUCUGUGAGUGUCUCCACUGAGACAAGACAGGGCUAUUAUGUGUUGCAUUGUGAGGGACCUGGACUCCCACUCGCUGGAGUGCACUCCGUGACAACUCAUAAAAUGGUACGAGUCCUCUAUGACACGAGGGUACAACGUUCCGAAAGACUCUCACAGCUUGCCCUCCCCAAGAGAAAAAGUUUCGAGGUACCACUGCCACAGGGCUGGCGUGCCCAAGUGCAGCUACAAUUGCCACCAUCGUGGCGGGAAGAACUCAGGGAUGCUGCAUUUCCAGUGCUAGUUGAAGUGAAUGGUAGGCCAGGUAGUGAGGCAGUUAGUGACAAAUUUUGUAUCGACUGGGGGACAUACAUGUCUAGUCACAAUGAUGUUGUUUACGUUAGACUCGAUGUGAGGGGUGCACGGGGACAGGGUAAACGUGCAUUGUUUCACAGGAUUGGGGGUGUUGAAGUACAGGAUCAAUUGACUGUACUGAGACAUUUACUUGAUGAAUUCAAGUAUCUCGAUGAGACGAGGGUGGGAGUGUGGGGUUGGGGCUACGGGGGAUAUGUCACUGCCAUGAUACUUGGCAGCCAGCAGAAUAUAUUCAAGUGUGGAAUUUCGGUGAAUCCUAUUGCCGAUUGGUUGUACUACAACUCGGCCUUCACGGAACGAAUAUUGGGGGCACCAGUUGAAAAUUUCAAGGGGUACGUCGAGGCAGAUUUGACUCAACGUGCGCGAUUGGUACCGAGUCAUAGUCUCUACCUUAUUCACGGCCUAGCUGAUCUCACAGCGCCUUAUACACACGGCAUAGCCCUCUCAAAAGCUCUGUCUGAUGCUGGUAUAAUCUUCAGGUAUCAGAGUUAUGCCGAUGAAGAUCACGCUCUGAGUGGUGUGAUUGAGCACGCUUAUCGUUCCAUGGAGGACUUCUUUACUGAGUGCCUCACCCUGGAUGCCUCCUAGUGCCUCAAGACGAUUUCUUCUUCGUCAAGCAUACCGAAUCUUCGGCUUGUAAUUCAUAAUGUUGGCAUUAUUCAUUCGGGGACAACGCAGAAAACCAUCUCAUCUCCUCUCGCUUUCGUCUCUUUUUAUUUGUCCCACUUAAUUACUGAAUUAUCGGAAUAAUUAACUCCUAGAUGAUUCAAUCAUCUUCAAUUUAUCAAAAAAGAAAUUCACGAGUGAAUAGCAUUUAGAACCAAGAGCCUAUUAAUGUUCCAAAUGAUUAUUACGUACGUAUCUCUUGAAAUAUCGGGCAAUACGCGAGAUAUGCACUGACAAGAGAAAAUUAUCAAUUGAAUUCAGGAUAAUGAAUUUUUCUUAGUGUGAAUACAUAUAGAUUGCUCAAUCGACUGAUUUAAUUAUUAUAAUUAUGCAAAAGUGAAUAAACACGUGAAAAAUGAGGUAAAUAAUGAGGAGUGUGAGGCUUUAAAAAAUCUCGAUGAAAUAAUCCUAUUGAGCACAGUGACGAUAAUUCAUAAGUUUUACACGACGAUAGAAAAUGAAAAUAUAUAAAAAAAAAAAAAAUGGUGAUGAAAAAAUUGCGAGGAAAUUACGGAGAAAUGGCAUCUCGCAUCAUUAUAGCAAUAUCUUUAUGAAUUACAUGAAAUGUAUAAUUAGAGGUUAUUAUUAAUUGAUUCGGGGUAAGAUAUUAACGAGUUGAUUGGCCUACAUAGUAAGAAAGUAAAGAUAAUUGACAUGACUGUGUUUAAGAGCGUAUUUAGGUUUAAGGUAAACGGUAAGAGAUUGGCGUUGACAUGAUGAUUAAGAACGGUCGAUAUCAUAAAACAUUCGGUCUAAUCGUUAAAAUCGAACGGCGAGUUAUUAAUGAAUUUAUGUGAUUGUAAGAAAAAUCGAAGAUCAUUUUCCCAUAAAACUUCCAAUCAAAUCCCGUCCCCAGCGUUUAAAUAAAAAUAUUAAUAUUAAAAUACGGUAAUUAUUAAUGCUGUAUAGCUUGUGGCGCCUAGAAUUAUGAUUGGAUUCUGCACUGAAGAGAUCAUCGAAGAUGAAUCUGCUCCAUUUUUUUUGUUCAUUAUUAUUUUGAAUAUAGAGUUAUUAAAUUCCAUUGAUUUCCUCCGUGCUGAAUUAAAAUUGUACAUAAAUUGAUCGAGAAUAUCUUUGUGGAAAGGAUAUUUCGUUAAAGUGAAUCACUAGGUGAAAUAUAUUAUGAGUAUAUUAUGAAAACGAGCUUCGAGGCUGAUAUUUACGUAACUCUACAUUUUUGUAUAUUAAAAGUGAUGAGUGAGUAAAAAAUUCCAGCAGCUCGCGCAUUUAUAAUGAGAAAAAAAAAAUCUAUAUAUAAAGGAAUGAAGAGAUAAUGAUGAUGAUGAUGAUAUUAUGAAUAAAUGGCUGUUUUUGGACGGUGGCCGUUACUAGAUGAUAUUUUUAUAAAUUCGAGACUCCUCCAUUAUUGUUAUGAAAAAUUUGUCAACUUCCGUGUUAUUAAAAAGGCAUGCAAUGUUGAUCUCUUUUUACAUAACUAAAUUCAAUAUUGACGGAGCGAAACAUAAUGAAAGCAAGUUAAUAUUUUAUUGUUGAAUAAUUUUAAUUGGUCGAUUUGAAUUAGCACUUGUUCUCAAUUAUUGAAAUGAAAUGAAAUGAGUACUUUUGACGAGUUAUUAAUGAUGAUCAUUAUGACGAUUGAUAUUUGUAUUUAAGAAUUGUCCUAUUUACUAUAUAAAGGCAAGAUAAAAUGUUAAAUGGUAUAUAUUGAUAUUGAUUUAUUCGAAGAAAAUUUAGUCAAUAUUUUGUCAGUCUGUUAUUGGAAAAUCUUGAAGAAAUGUGAAAAAUAUAUUCAUUGGGCAAAAAUAUUUUACAGGUAGUCGAUUGAAGUUUUAAAUUAAUUGGCCCAUGAAUUACUUUCCUAUGCACCCGACAAAUCACGUAGCUAGGAGUCAAUAAUAGUUACGCUUCAGUCAAUUGUGAUUAAUCAAGGUGAAACGGCAAAUUACCAAUGUUGGGCUAUCAUUUGGUAUUGUUUAUUGCGUUGAUGUUAUUGAUUAAAAAAAAAAGGUGAUAUUCGUUUCAGAGAUAUCCUGUUCUGGCACGAGCUGCGGAAGUUAAUGCCAUAUUAUUUGUAAAUAAAUAAUGAUAAAUAGUUGUGGGCCCCUGGUUUCAUUGAAAGUAAGAGAUUUGGGGGUGAAGUGGAAGGGAUAAACUAUUGAAAUCAAAAUGUUAUGAAUUGUGAGUGAAUGGUGAUUAUUGUUAUUAUUGUGAAUAAUAAUAAGAAAUGCUGCCAAUUAGCACACAGUUGGAUUCACCAUUGAAGGAGAUUUUAUUUAACUCUUUCAAUUGUAAUCAACAUUCUCAAUCUUCUGUGUAAUAUCGUGUGACUGCUUUCAUUCAUCACCAUCCAGAGUUAUCACUGAACUCUACCAUUAUAUCAUAUUCCAUACUCGCCCCAAUCACCCGUUAUACGUAAUCUUUUCUAAUAAUCCUCUUUCAUCAAUACUUUUGUGGAAUUAAUUCCUUGACAAACAAUCAUCUUUGAUAAUUGCAUACCUGUCACAUAUGGAAUUACAAUCAUUAUCGUUGCAUCUCCUUACCUUUCAAUUUAUCUCUCUCUAUUUUUAUUAUUUCUUUGUGACAAUGAAUUUUCAUUAAACGAUUGUGAUUCAAGGGUAAGUUGAAUUCUUGCACUGCUGCUAUGUUAUCUCACUUUCUGCUGGAUUUUUAAACGUUCUCAAAUUUUUCAGGUGAGUAAUUUACCCCCAAUGAGUAAUCAUCCAGUACAACAGACUAUUCAUUUAAUUAUUUAUAUUUUCGUAAAGUUAUAUUAAAAUAUUUGCCAUCGGGGUAGAUUACUCUUCUUUCUCCAUAUUCGCUAUAUUCUGCCCGAUCACAAUUCGUUUCUAUCGUAAUUUAAGACUAAGUGCUUCUUCGUACCAGAGUCAAUUGCAUAGCUUUAAUGACAACAUUAAAAAAGAAACGGAAAAAUAAUGACAAAAAACAACAUCAAGACACGAUAAUGUUACACUCAAUAGUAAUCGCACGAUGUAUAAAAAAAAAUUAUUGAUAAGAUCCUUUCGAAAAUAAUGAGAAAAUAAGUGUGAAAAAAAGUUUGAUGGGGUAAUUUUACAUAUUUUAUUGUAAUCGUGCGAUAAAUCAUUACGUGAUAAUUACUCUACUCAAACGUAAUUAUUAUGUAAUCAUUGAGAAAGAAAUAAAAUGAAACGUACAAUCAAUUACUGAAUUUUAUAACUUUGA